AUUUCACCAUUAUAUUAAAACCUUAUCGCUUUGCUGUAUUUGUUGUCCACCUCAACCAAUUAGAAAAGAACAUAUCCCAUAACUCGGCCAAUCCGAAGUAGCUUGGUUGACUUAUGUUACUUUCUUGGGCCGUUUAAGAUAAUUAUGUGUGCCCGCGUGUGAACUUGUCGGUAUCCAUAGUAACUAAGGAGUUCUUUAUAACUGGGCCUUUCGGAAAGGAGCCUGGGGUCUGCUGUCAGGAUGUCAUCCGUUUCAGAAGAAAGUAGUGAGUGUGAAGAAGAAUCAGGUGAUGAAGAGGAAGAAGGAGAUGAGGAAGUGGGAGAUUUGAGUGAAGAAUCUGUUAAGGAAGUCACAGGAAAUUCUGGAAGAUUGAAAGACAACAAUUUUCAUGAGGAGAGUGUUAACAUGACAGAGGCACAACCUGAAGAAGUAAUUAGUGCAAACCACAAUGAGGAAAAAAGAUCUGAAGUGGAGGAGAAAGAGCACGUUAAAGAUAUGGAACUAAAGACUCCUUAUGGUUGUUCUACAGAGGCAGAAGGCAGAAAGACAAGAAAGAGGAAGCAGAGGUAUGUCACAAUAAGCCUGACUAACUGCAAGUAUGAAAGUGUGCGUCGUGCUGCCAGAAUUUGUGGACUUAAAGAGGUGGGAGAAGAUGAAGAGUGGAUUCUGUUUUGGACAGAUUACUCAGUGUCCCUUGAGCGAGUCAUGGAGAUGAAAAGAUUUCAGAAAAUUAACCACUUUCCUGGGAUGAGUGAGAUCUGCAGGAAGGACUUGUUGGCUCGAAACAUGAACCGCUUGUUGAAGCUCUUUCCCAAGGAAUAUAACAUCUUUCCCAAAACAUGGUGUCUUCCAGCAGACUAUGGUGAGUUCCAGGCCUUUUGCCGUGUAAAAAAAAAUUGGACCUAUAUUUGCAAACCAGACAGUGGCUGUCAGGGUAGAGGAAUCUUCAUCACUAGGAAUCCAAAAUAUGUAAAACCAGGGGAGCAUAUGAUCUGCCAACAAUACAUCUCAAAGCCAUUCGUUCUAGAUGGUUUUAAGUUUGAUCUGCGCAUCUAUGUUCUGAUAACAUCCUGUGACCCCCUUCGGAUUUUCAUUUAUGAGGAAGGACUGGCUCGCUUUGCAACAAGUAAAUACACCGAACCUAGCAGCAGUAAUGUGGAUGAUAUUUGCAUGCAUCUGACCAACUAUGCCAUCAACAAACGCAGCGAAAACUUCAUUAGAGAUGAAGAAAUAGGUAGCAAAUGGAAGUUGUCAACUCUGAAGAUCUGGAUGGAGAAACAUGGUUUUGACACAGUAAAGCUGUGGGAAGACAUUGAAGAUGUGGUUAUAAAGACUCUCAUUUCUGCUUAUCCUGUUUUGAAGCACAACUACCGCACAUGUUUUCCUAUUCAUGUGGUUGGAAAUGCCUGCUUUGAGAUCCUGGGCUUUGACAUUUUGUUGGACAAGAAAUUAAAACCAUGGCUUCUAGAGGUAAAUCACUCUCCAAGCUUCACCACAGACUCCCAGCUAGAUCGGGAAGUGAAAGAUGCAUUAUUGUGUGAUACCCUUAACCUUAUAAACCUCAGAGCAUGUGACAAGAAAAAGAUUCUUGGAGAAGAUAAAAGAAGGGUUACAGAACGUCUGCUACAAAAAAUUCAGCACCAAGAAUCUAGGCGGGAGCAGUAUGAAAACAGUCAAGCAGCAUGGCUAGAAGAAGUAGAAAAAUAUGAAAGGGACAAUUCAAGAGGAUAUCAUCGGAUCUACCCUAGAACUAAUAAAGAAAAGUAUGACAAAUUUUUUAAACACAGUGGUUCACUCUUUCAGGAAACAGCAGCAUCCAAAGCCCGAGAGGAAUGUGCCAGACAGCAACUGGCUGAGAUUCGCCUGAAAAAGGAACAGGGUCCACUUUUUAUUGACAAGAAAAGAAAAGAGCCCAAGGAGAGCCUACAAGGAGAGUCAGCAGAAGAGAGAGUAUCACUUCGCAGGGCAAAGAAAAAGGCAGUACCUAACAUCCCAUUCUUCAAACAUACACCAAGAGAUAAAGAUCUGAGGAGAAGAGAGUUGAAAUUUGACUUGCCUGCUAGGAGCAGCAGACUAGACUCCCCAGACAUCAUGGUAAAAGAAUCAAAUUCAAUGGCACCUGUGGAUAUCACUGAGGAAGAAGAAAUGGAAAGAAUCAAUGGGAUGCUGCAGCGUGAAAAUCUAGUUCGAGGGUUGGGCAUUGCAGAAAAAGUCUACAAGAUGCUGCAGCAAAGUGGAAACAGAGGUUUUCAACAGGCACACUUUAAUCUUCCAGGAAAUACAUUUCCUCAGAAUGCUGGAUUUAUCCCAGAUUUACGUUAUGGUCCUACUAGCCAGGAAAGGGAAGAUUUAGUUUGUAAUUUUCCUACAUCUAUGCAAGGAGGAUCUAAUGUAGCUGGACUGGAGUUACAAAAUGUUUUAUCCAUUAACAAAGCCCCACAGUUUGGGACAUACAGCAGUGUGCUGCUUCCACGGAGAGUACAAAUUAAUCAAAAUCUGGAGAGCAAAGUUUGUCAGCAGCAUUUGCCACAUAAGCUGCCAUUUCAGAAGAAUAUGCUGUGGACUGGAGGCAAAACAGAAGAACUAUGCAACAGAAAGUAUGAUGCAUCCAUUGGGUUGAACACAAUCUAUCCAAAUUCAUCUAGUGCAAAACUCAAAUCAGAGACCAUCAUAGGUAGCUGCAUUCAGAAAAGACCAGUGCACACUACCACCGAUUUGUCUGGAUCCGUGAACAGUCUUCCUUGUACUGCUCUGACUCACUACAGAUUUGCCAGCAGCUUCCGAACAGUAACUAACAGUCAUAGUGCCCCAUCAGUUGAGCAGUUAUCCAUCAUUUCUGCACAAGCUCCCUUAACACGCAGGGCAGAUUUUGCAAACCAUGCAUAUGUUUUGGGUAUACUCAACCCCAGCAACAGCAGAAGACCAAACUGAUUGAACAAUCUGGGGAAUUAAUUUCUGUAGUUCCAGUCUGAGUCGCCCACUGUGUCCAUCUGUGUGUAAUGUUAUUCUGAGCAGUGUCAUCCUUGUCUUCAUACAGUGUAAAACAUUGGGAGGUUUGUUUUUUUACAAAACAGACUAGAACAAGGAAGAAGAACAAAGCAUUAUCUGCUUUUUAUGCUGAAAUUUGAAAAAAGAAAAAAAGUGUUAAAAAAAAUAAGCUAUAUGAAUUUUUAGUGAUAGGAAUGUCACAGAAGAAUUACUGAAUAUGUCACAAAUAAAUAAAAUUAAAGAUAAUGUAUGCCUUUGUAAUAU